AAUGCUUGGUAUUAGUUGGGUGUAAAAGAAAUUUUCUUCUUUUUGGUUUUUUUUUUCUCAAGAACAUUUGAAUAGUUUUAAGAAAUAAAUACGUAAAUUUAAUAGAAAAACACAUAGUAAGCAUAUACAUAUUUAAAUAAAUAUGGGAAAAAGAAAGCAAGCAUUAAUUGAUUCUGAUUCAAGUAGUGGAUCAGAGUCAGAUUUAGAAUCGGAACUUUUGUCUUUAUCCAAAAAACGAAAAGCUGGGGCGAAUAAUGUUGCUGCCGUGAACAAGAAUAAUAAAAAUUACUCAGAUUCCGAUUCAGAUUGGGCAGGAAACAAGAAUGGAGCAUCUGGUCGUAAAAGAAAAGUUACAAAAAAAGUUAACAAAAGUUCCUCAUCAGAAUCAGAAAGUGAUUCUGAAGAUGAUGCCGAAGAGGAAGAAGAAGAAAAUAAUAUAGAACCUCCGACUAAAAAAGCGUCGCCGCCACAGCCAGAGUUUAACGAAAAAACAUUUAUGAAAACGCCCGAUGAAGAACCAGAAGAAGGUGAAGUUUCUGAUAGCGAUGAAUCAUCCAGUGGCUCUGAUUCAAGCUCUAGCUCCGAUUCACAGUUUGAUGAUGGUUAUGAUGAAAAUUUAAUGGGUGAUGAGGAAGAUCGAGCGCGAUUGAACGCUCUAUCUGAAAAAGAAAGAGAAACUGAAAUUUUUAAACGUAUAGAACGAAGAGAUGUAAUGCGCACAAGAUGGGAAAUAGAACGAAAGUUAAAGUUAGCCAAGCGCGGGGAAAAGGCAAAAGACAAGCCCCAGAGAGAUAAGAAAAAAAAAGAUAAAAGGAAAAAAGAGAAGAAAAAGCCAGUUGCAAAAAUUUUAAGUCCUGAACCUUCACCUAUAAAAAUACCACCAAAAGAAAAAUCGCCCUCGCCACCAAAACAAAUUGUUCCAGCCCCGAUUAUUGAGCAAAAUGAAGUAAUUGUUGAAGAACAGUCAAGCCCUGAGAAAAAAGAUAGCGAUGGAGCCACAAAUGAGUAUUUCGAUCCUAAAGAAAGAUCUAAAGAGCGCAAAAAAAAUGUUGAAGCUAAUCGAACUGAUGAUAAACGUAGCAAUGCAAUGGCGAUGUUAAAAGCCAAACGUGAAGGAAAAGCUAAAAGAGAGGAAGAAGAAGCAAAAAGACAAGCUGAACGGGAGCGGGAAGAAGAAAAAGAAGAGCUGGAGGGUGUAACUUCGGGGUCUAAAUCAGCAGAUAAAAUUAAAGUUUCUGAUAUUUACUCUGAUGAUUCAGGCAGCAGUAGUAGUAGCGAAGAUGAAGAAGAAAAAAGAACCGGAUCAGGAAAACAAUCCGGAGAUAGUUCCCAAAAAUCAUCUUCAGAAUCAGAAGAUGAUGAAAAAACCGAAAAGAAAUCUCCAUUCAUUAAAACAAAAGAAGAACUUAAUAAGUUGCGAAUAUCGCGCUAUAAAAUGGAACGUUUCAUAAAUUUGCCUAUAUUUGAAAAAACUGUUCUAAAUUCCUUUGUGCGGAUUAGUAUUGGUAACAAUAAUCAAAGACCGGUUUAUCGUGCUGCUGAAGUUGUUGGUGUAGUAGAAACAGCAAAAAUUUAUCAGCUUGGUAAAUUAAGGACAAAUCGUGGAUUGAAACUCAAACAUGGUUCACAAGAACGUGUUUUUCGGCUAGAAUUUAUAUCUAAUCAAGAUUUCACAGAUAGCGAAUUUGACAAAUGGCGUGAAAUGUGUGAAAAGUCAAAUGUUUCUCUUCCAACUAUAGAUCAAAUUGAACAAAAGCAGAAAGAUAUUAAAUUUGCUAUGAAUUACGAAUAUAGUGAUGAAGACGUUAACAAAAUAAUUGAAGAACGUAACAGAUUUCGUAAAAAUCCAACCAAUUAUGCCAUGAAAAAAACUAUUUUAAUGAAAGAGCGUGAUGCCGCGUUAUUAAGAGGAGAAAAUGAGUUAGCUCAUGAUUUAAGUGUCCAAAUAGAUCAACUAGAAAGUCGAGCAUCUGAAUUAGAUAAAAGGCGAGCAGGCGGAAGUAUUAACUUAAUUUCAUACAUUAAUAAUAGAAACCGCAAGAAAAAUGUUGAACAUGCUGAAAAAGCCAUUCGCGAAGAAAUUCUUGCAAAUAAGGGACAAAGAAUUGAGGACCCAUUUACCAGAAGAUUAACACAGCCAAGAAUGACUUUUAGUUCAGCUGCAGAGAAAGACAAAACACCUGCAUUACAACCUCAACCACCCCCGCCACCUGGUCGUAGAAAACAUGAUGAUGAUAAAAAACGUAAUAGUGUAGAAUAUAAUUUAUAUUCACUACAUGAUUUUGAAAUUGAUUUAGACGUUCCAUUACCAGUAAAUACAGUUAACGUUAUGCCUAAGCCUGUGUCUAAACCACCAGAAGCUGCUCCAAAACGUUCUUUGAACUUAGAAGAUUAUAAAAAGAAACGCGGAUUAAUAUAAUUGGAAAUUAAUAUUUUUAAUUUUUUUUAAGGAAAUUUUUACCGCCCGAUAAUAGUUAAAAUUUUAAAUUUGUUUAACUUUUAAUUCAUUUAUGAAGAAAUAUUAAAAAAAGCUUGAUUUGUUAAAAAAAAUGUCUUCAAUUAUCCAUACUAUAUAGAUAGUAUACUGUAUAAUUACUUUUAAAUUAAUAUAACGUAAUCUUAAAUAAUAGAAUUAAAAAAGCAAAUCACAAAAGAAACCUCAAUUAAGCUUUUAACGUAAUACGAUAGGCAAAUAGGUUUAAGAAUAAUUAAUGUAACAAGAUGCAUGCUAAAUGUUUUGUUAUAGGUUUUGAUUGUAAAAUUUGUAAGAAAAAAGAUAUAAAAAUGUAUAUACAUACAUCCAUAUAUACAUAAUUUUUUCAUUGCCUCACAUUAAUUUUUGUUCUUGAAAAAUUUUUGAUUUGAUUUGUCGAUAUAAAGAAAGUUAAAUUUAAAAUCAAAAUUUUAAAAUUGGGAAAAAUUUGAGAAAUUAAAACUUGUAGGAUCUAGAAACACACUUGCGAUCUAAAAUAAAAAUAUAACUUAAAAUCGCUAAAUGUUAAAAAAAAUUUACAUAAGAACAACGGAAACAAACUCCUAGCAAAUUCUAAUAUAAAAGAUUUUUUCUCAAUUUUUAAUUUUUAUGUUAAAAAUUAAGUUUAUAAAAUAUUAUCAAAAUUAAAGGAAAAAGUUAUUUAAUCAAAUAAAUAUGACUUAAAUUACAAUUGUAUCAAAAGGUAUCACAAUUAUGAUAUUAUACUAAAUUAUUAAUUAAAAGAAAUAUAUUGAC